AUGGCACCGGCUGACGCACUACCCGCCCUUAUGGAGCAUGACGUCACCGUAGUGAACACAUUCCUUCAAGUUUCUGAUCGUCCACGUCCUCGAGGACAGCGCCUGCAGCGGGCUCAGACAGCACCCGUGGCUGCGCCCGACGAGGAGGAUCAGCUUGAGACCGAGGAGCCCCAAGCUGAAGAAGGCGAGGAAGAUCACUUUGAAGCCGCCCGGGACAUCCCAGAGCCCCGGGUUGAGAAGGAGGUUACUGAGGAUACCGAGGAAUCCUCAGAGGUCAAGCCGGUGAAAAUGAAUGCCAAGAAGCUCCAGAGUCUACGGACCCUGAAUCGAUUUGAAACACCGGACCCAUGGGAUCUAGAAGCAUUGUGCAAAAGUCUCGAUGAGUCUCCCGAGGAGCCAGCAUUGCCAGCAAAGUCGGCAUCCUCCUCGAAGCCCCGCUUGCUUCAUUCAGCAACUCCAGACCAGUGGGAAUGGGACGCCAUGGUCCAAGCAGAGAAGAUGACCAGCCAGAUCCAACAGCCCCAGCCAGGCCCAGCCCAUCCUCCCCCAGCAAUGGCCCAACCCAGUCAGGCACAGGCCUUCAACCACCCUCCGCAGCCCUGUGUGGCGCAGGCGGCCCCGGUCGUGUCGCUGCUGACGGUACCCGUGACACUCGCAAUGCCCGUGGCCUCUCCGGCGCAAGUGGUGCAGGCUGGCUGUGAGUAUCCUCGCCUGUUGGGUAGCAUGAGCCCUGCGUCCCAAGGCUCGCCAAAACCCACCUCCCCCAGCCAGUCCCCACGUGUCCGCCCUGGGACGCUGGAGACCACGCACCUGGACCAGAAUCGGGAGCUCGUGAAGUGGAAUGUGGAUGGUGCCAAGUUCGACUCCAACUCCGAGCGACUCUUGAGCCCAGAGUUCCAACUACGAUUUCCGGGGCACUCAGAGCCCUUUACCUUUCGCAUGGUCAUCAAUGCCACAGAGACGGGUGGAAAGCAUGGUGCCGGCUUUAAGAAGGCGAAGGGGCGGGGCAGCAUCCAACUCAAGUGCUCUUCGGCAGUGCCUUCAGAUGUGGACAGUGUCACGGCCCUGGUUUCCAUUGGAGAAGGAACUCGCAAGCAGAUUGGUCUUAAGCCCAUUGAGCACAAUUUUGGUGACAAAACAUGCUGCCAGCUUCGGAAUGGGGACGAAGCAGAUUGGGACUUCAAGCAAUCAGUCAGCAGAGAUGCCAAGAGUUGCGAGAUCUCAGUGGAGAUUCAUCUUUGA